AUGACGCGCGCUUUAGCUGGUGUUACUGUGUAUGGUGUAGUUGUUACUGCUGCUACUUUGGAUGUUGCUGUUAUUGUAAAUUGCUACAGCGAAGCGCCGUUGCCGCCUCAGCAUCUUCCUCUUGGACCAACAAAGAAGACCUUUCGCAAUGAUGCUGAGCGAGGCAAAGGCGGGGAGACGUAUGCGGCACGGCACAUUCAGCAGCAUUCAGACUCUGGCUUAUCAGGGGCAGCAACGAUUGAUGAGGGAAUCGGAGACAUGCGGAGACUGCGAGGCUACGGCUACCGCUGCUGCUGCCGCUCCAUUGAAGUGAAGUCAAGUGAAGUGAUAGCCGGAGCAGCAGAGAAGCCGCUCUGCCCGGCUGGAAUGGACUGGAUGCUGAGAACGCGUGUCACACUCAGACGCCACACAGAUACAGGGUGUCCAAAAACACAUACGAUACUCCCCAUUAAUACCCCAUAGGUAUAGAUAUAAAAUCAUAAGAUUCAUAUAAGGCUACAAAUAUUUUCAAACAAAAGAAUAAAAUCAAUAGUUUUGGGGAACAAAAAGGGGGAUGUAAUGCCAAUAAAAAAAGACUUGGCAACCUAUGGAAAAUUAAAUUUAAGGCUAAUGCUGUUUUGCUAAUAUAAUAAUAAUCAAUUUCUCUAUUCGCUUAUCUGCUUCCAAAGCAGCAUCACCCUGUACCUCGAAUAAACAU